ACGUCGUAAUAUUGAAAAGGCAUUGAAAAGAGAAAAGAGAAAGAGUCAGGGGUGGGUUUAUCUUUUCAACGAAUUAAAUAUCUACAUAUGUAUAGGCAGCUAGGUCGAACGAUUUUGUAGAUUUUCAAACUUUCCGAAAUAACCUUUCCGGGAAGAGGGCUGUUAUUCUUUUAAAAGUAAGGGUAAAUAAACAAAGUGAAUGUAUUUACAUAUGUAUGUACUAUAUGUAUAUAUGUAUAUAAGGAAGAGCGGUAGAUAGAUUUUGUACAGUUUAGCAAUGAUUUCGUCAAGCGUUACGUCGUCGGCUUCCUUUCUCAUCGUUAUUCUAACGUUGAGCUGCAAUGUUAUUUGUAGUAAUUCGAGUAGUUGGUUAAAUUCGUUGGAAAAGAUGGAGAAAAGCAAUCGUUUGCUCACUCGUGACCUUACUUACUUUAAUAUUGACAAUUUUUCUACAACGGAAGAUGAACUGGACACAGAGAGAAUCGUUGGUGGAAAGUACGCGAGGAAAAAUCAGUUUCCGUUUAUGGCUGCGGUGCAUCGAAUGAUGGGCAGAGGUAUGGUUUCCCAGUGCGGUGGAACCAUUAUUUCUCCGAGAUGGGUAUUGACAGCGGGUCAUUGCGUAGCAUCCAAGCCUCCUUCACAAUUCCUUGUCGUUUUCGGGGUAAUCGAUAAGAGUGGUAUGGGAUAUAAUUACUAUCAUGGACCUGGUUUAUCAAUGAUGACGAAGAAAGUAGUUGUUCACCCUGGUUACAAACCAUCCGUAAACGACAUUGGUUUAUUGUACAUGCCACGUAAUAUACCAUUCUCAGAAAACAUUCAACCUAUUCAACUAGCUGGUCAUAACGACAUCAGAGAAACUUUUGCCAAUAGGAUGGCUAUUGUUAUCGGAUGGGGAAAAGAUAGAUCUACUGGAACAGGAACAAAAAGAUUAAAGUACGCCAGCUUACCGAUCAUUUCGAACUCUGAGUGUAGUUCAUUUUGGGGUAUAACGUACAAACACGUGUGCACGGCAGCAAAUUAUGGACAAGAUGCUUGCCAGGGCGAUAGCGGAGGUCCUCUGAUCGUAUUUGAAAAUGGCGUUCCUCUUCAAGUUGGAAUCGUCAGCUACGGAGACGUAAAUUGUCCUAGCAACAAACCUGGCGUUUUUUCCAGGUGCACCGGUUACAUCGAUUGGAUUUCAUCUGCAACAGGACGUCAUUUUUCCGCGAUGAAUCGUCUACUAGUGUCCGUCGUCUUUCUGUUGUUUCGUCACAGUGUUUGCGAUUCUAUAGAAGAAAAUAAUGUAUUUAACAUCUCUUUCAUCAAUCAAGAUUCUGAACCGAAUAUUCAGAAUCUCGAACAACAAUUGUCGACGGAACCCCACGAUACAGACAAAAUAGCAGGGGGUUAUUACGCCGAAGACGAACAGUUUCCUUUUAUGGCGGUUGUUCAUCGAUUGUUACCUCGUGGAGCAGUCUCUCAGUGCGGAGGUACUGUGAUUUCAAGACGAUGGGUCUUAACGGCAGGGCAUUGCGUAGCCAAUUUACCGCAUCGAUUUCUCGUCGUUUUUGGCGUUAUCAAUAAAUCAGGCAUAGGAUACAAUUUUAAUUACGGUCCUGGCGUCUCGAUGAUAACAAGGCACGCCGUCACGCAUCCACGAUAUUAUCAUAAUAUGAACGACGUUGGAUUGUUAUACAUGCCACAAAAUAUACCUUAUACUGAAAAAAUUCAACCGAUACGACUAGCCGGUUACAACGAGGAAGGACAAUCGUUCGCAGACUUGAAUGCCUACGUGAUAGGAUGGGGAAAAGAUCAGCAGAAUAGCGCAGGUACAAAAGCUUUAAAAUACGCUAUAUUGCCUGUACUCAGCAACGAUGAAUGCAGUCGGUAUUGGCAUAUAGAUGACAGGAAUAUAUGUACAGCAAAUGACUUUGGACAAAAUGCUUGCCAGGGUGACAGCGGCGGUCCUCUUAUUAUAAUGAAGAAAAACAACAGACCGCUUCAAGUUGGCAUCGUAAGCUUUGGCGACGGUAUUUGUCCUAGCGAAAGACCAGCUGUUUUCACGAGAGUGUCAACGUUUAUACCAUGGAUUGAACGCGUCACUGGAAUCCGUUAUUGAGUUGCGACAGCUCUGGUAUAUAUCGGACAUAUCGAUUCGACAUUUUUAUUUCUUUACAUAAUCCCCCUUUAUUACCCCCUGACACGUUUUUAUA